AUGCUUCAACACGGAUUCUUUUUAAAUAAUGGAAAAUUUAUGCCUGCCAUUGGUUUAGGGACAUGGCUCGCAGCACCAGGAGAAGUUGGGAAAGCUGUUACACUGGCUUUAGAGAAUGGAUAUAGAUUGAUUGAUUGUGCACGUUUUUAUAAAAACGAAAAAGAAAUAGGAGAAAUGGGAAUUGAGCCAUUUUUAAAGAACCACACUCGAGAAGAGUUAUUCAUUACCUCUAAAUUAUGGAUGGACCAAGUUACAAGAAUAAGAGAGUCUUGUUUAGAAUCUAUCCGUGAUUUAAAGUGCCAAUAUCUUGAUUUAUAUCUUAUUCAUUGGCCAAUUGCUUUAAAGGUUGGUACUUCUAAUACACCAAAACCAGAAGAUUUCUUAGAUAUGGACGUCACUGAAAUUUGGCAAGAAAUGGAAAAAUUAGUUGAUGAAGGAUUAGUAAAAUCAAUUGGUCUUUCUAAUUUCACUAUUCCACAAAUUGAAAAAAUUAUGAAAAUGUGUAGAAUCAAACCAGUUAUUAACCAAGUUGAGUUAAAUGUUUAUUUACAACAAAAAAAAUUACGAGAAGUAUGUAAAAAUUACAAUAUAUUAGUUGAAGCCUAUCGUCCAAUUGGUGGAAAACCUGCCAAUGAAAGUGAUAAAAAUUGUUUAGAUGAUGAAGUUGUAGUUAGUCUUUCGAAAAAAUAUAAUAAGACUACGGCACAAAUUUGUAUUCGUUGGUUAAUACAAAAUGGAAUUAUUGCAAUUCCAAAAAGUACAAAUCCAAAUCGUUUACUUCAAAAUUAUCAAGUAUUUGAAUGGUCUCUUUCUGAUGAAGAUAUGAAAGCAUUAGAAAAACGUAAUUUAAAUAAAAGAGACAUAAAAUGUGAAAAUUAUUGGAAUGGAAAAACUUAUGAAGAAUUUUGGGGAGAAGAACAAUAA